CGCUGAGGUAAAAGGGCUUCCCCGCGGCAUGGGGGCUGGAGCCGCCGCCACCUAAGGGCGAUGCUGCCCGGGCGGGAUCCGGCCCCGGGGGCGACGACGACCACCAGCGGAGCAGCCGGAGCCGGCGACACCAGCAGGGCCCGGACGUCGCCUGCCAAGCCUUUCCUUUGUUACUGUUUUCUUCCUGGCUGGAGAAAGUUACUAGCUCUCUAUCCCCUACCGUUUUACUGACUCUAAGUCCUGAUGCAGUAAAAGAUGAGGAAGGGGCAAAUUCUUCUCUUGAAGAACUCCAGCAUCAAAAGCCAGAAUUGGGAUUCCCUUGGCUGAUGGUGUACCUUCCUGUAAAGAGUUGCCACGUGACCUUGAACAAAGGAGCUGGAACUUUUUCUCCUCCAACUUUUAGCAGCAUUCAGACUAAUAACUGGUGCAAUUGGACCAUCUGGGCAGGCCCUCGCAAACAUAUCUUGAUUUACAUUGAAGGGUUUGAGAGAAAGCCAGACUGUGAAGAAAAUCAAGAUAAGAUUCUAUUUCAGGGGAUCAGAUCAAGUGUGGAAAACAAAGUUGUUUAUGCAUGUAGAAACCAUGGAACUUUGAUCUUUGCUACACAGGCCGAGGCUGCCCACGUAGUGUUUUUAUCAAAAGCCUCUUCUCAAAACCAUAGCCAUAAAUAUUUUAAGGGAUGGUAUUAUAUAUUUGAAGAUUAUGAAAUGUCAACUUCUGCAGUUGGUGAUGUAGUGGUUCCUGAAGAACCAGUUUUGAAAUAUAACAGCAGUAUUGAAUUUCCAUCAUACAUAAUUCACUCGAGACAUAUUUCAGACCUUGAAAAUGACAGGAUCCCUAGCAAUGAAAACAGCUUACUUGAAGAAAAGUCGAACAAAACCAAAAAUGCCCCAAUCCUGGAAGCAUUACUGAGACCAGCUGCUCGUAAUUACGCUUCGGUUUCUUUCUCAAAACCCACAAAAAAUGUCACCCUACAUGACCUUGAGCUGAAGGAGAUGCAGGUUAUGAAACCACCUACAGAUGAGCAUCGAAUUAAUGACACCUUUUCUGGUGGCUUAAAGAAAACUGGAGUCUUGGUUUCAAACAGCAUGGAGGAUACAGAAAAGGCUAUUUCUCCACCAGCCCCUCUAUAUGAUUCCCAGAAGUUCAGAAUAAGGACUGAAGUGGUGGUGGCAGGAGUUACCAGAGACUCUCCUGGUGUUGAAAACAACAUGCAUUGGAGGUCAACGCACAUGAAAGAUGCUGAAAGAGCAAAAUUUGAGAAAUCUGAUUUCCCGAGUGGUGUUACUAUUCCACAACUCUCCUUAAAAGAACCAAGACCUCCAGUUUUCCCUCCAAAAAGCAUCCCAGAGGAGAAGCAGCAACCUCAUGCUGUGAUCUCAACAAAGGUUUCUGAUGCCAUCGAAUUUCCAUAUGUGGUGCUGAAGGAAGCAGCUAGAGGAGAACGGAUGGUUGUUUUCCCAGGUAACUUGAAAAAUACUCAAGCAGAGAUGGCUGUUAGUUCAUACCCUGAGAACUCAGUUAGAGGAUAUACAGGAUGCUCGCAGAGGAAGUGUACAAAAUCUAAUCCUCCCUACAUCCCACUUUCGGAGUGGCCAUCAAGUGAUGAAACACCUUUGGACAAAGGGCAAGCAAAUAAUUCACAUGUAGAGAGCAUUCUUGUUUUCAGUUCUCCUGAAAAUGAUUCUGUACUGGAAUACCAACACAAACCUGGAGAUAUUUUACUUGAAGUAACUUUUGGUAUCGAGCACCAAGGACGGAUCCCUCACAACGGAAGCAGGCUAGGAGAAGACCUCAUCGAAUCGGUGAAGAUGCAGGUGCAUGAAAGAGUGAAGUUCCUCUCAAACAAAGUUAAAGAGAUCAAGUUAAAGGAAAUCAGAAAGAAGGAAGGAAGUGAAAGAAAAAGAAUGAAUUACCCAAACCUGCUAUUCACAUUCUGGCUGCACCUGGUGCCAGAGGAAAAUAACAUCUCCGGCUUAAUACAUUCUCACUUGGAAGGCCUUGGCGGCACAUUCACAGGAUCUGGAGAGAUUCGGCAUGUUUCAGUAGGAGAUGUGAAUGAAUGCAGCUCUGGAAUUGAACUUUGUGGCGACGAUGCAAUUUGUCUCAAUGGAUACGGCACAUAUUUGUGUCAAUGUAAAGAAGAAUAUGAGGACCGUUCUUUGACAAAGUCGGGUACCCUUUGUGUCCGAAGUCCACCAUCCGGCCUUCGUUUCUUGUACAGCUACAUGGAGAUUUUUGUAGGAACCAUGAUUUUUUUCAUCUCUGCCAUCGUCGUGGUGAUAAGUGUGCUGUGUACAAUUGUAAAGAAGAGGCGCACAAAGAAGGACUUAAGCUUUCCAGAGGCAGCUUUGUCUAGGGCACCAGCAGCGUCACAUUCUCAAUCUACCACCUUUGAUCAGAAUAACGUCCGUAAUCUCCUUACUUUAGACCCUGCCCGUUUAAAACUCAGAGCCAAAUCACCAGAAUGGCCCUUGCAACUCAGAAGUAGCCCUACUGAAGUGUGCAGAGUAUCUGUUGAGCAGUCUGAAUGUUUAUAAAAAAAAGCAAUGCAAAUUGCAAAUCCCUCUCUUCCCCCUUAUUGAAAUUACUUUUAUUUAUUGCAGGCGAGUUGAUGCAUUUUCUUGUUUCUUGCGUAAUGUUAAUAUUUUUGUAUCACAUGUUUUCUCCCUAUGUCCUGUUACUUCUGUCAUUUUUUUCCACUUCAGAUUUUUGGCCACUGCAUUUGUCUUAUUUUGUAUGUAAAACAGGAAUGAAUCAAACGAUUUAAUGUGGCUGUUAAUAAAUCUGGCAUCUUGCUCUUUG